AUGGGUGCCAACCUCUCGAAAGCUAUGGGGAAGAUUUUUGGAAACAAGGAGAUGCGGCUGUUGAUGCUCGGUCUGGACGCCGCUGGAAAGACGACCAUCCUCUACAAGCUCAAGUUGAACCAAUCUGUCACUACCAUUCCGACAGUCGGCUUUAACGUGGAGACUGUGACUUACAAGAACGUCAAGUUCAACGUCUGGGAUGUCGGAGGACAGGACAAGAUUCGGCCCCUCUGGCGGCACUACUACACCGGCACCCAGGGUCUUGUCUUUGUCGUCGACAGCCAGGACCGGGAGCGCAUAGACGAGGCCAAACAGGAGCUGCACCGUAUAUUGAGCGAUAGGGAGAUGAGAGAGUGCCUCCUGCUCGUGUUCGCAAACAAGCAGGAUCUUCCCGGAGCGAUGUCACCCGCGGAGGUUACGGAAAAGUUGGGUCUCCACCGAAUGCGCGACAGGUCAUGGUAUGUCCACCCGAGUUGUGCCACAACGGGUGAGGGCCUCUUCGAGGGCCUGCAAUGGCUCUCGCAGAAUGUGAAGAAGCGUCAGCAGUAG